AUGGAUUUCAUUCAAGAAAACGAUACUUUUGAACUUAUUGUUGUUAGUUCAUGUGGUCAUGAUGGUCCUUUUGGUGCUACUGGUGUUAAAAGGUUGAAGAGUAUCGGUUUAAUUGACUCUGUUCCUGGAAUGAAAGCUCUCGACAUGAACACCGCUGAAGAUGCAAUUGUUAGCCUCACUAGAGAAAUUGUCCGUGGUAUGGUCGUCACUGGUAUGGAAGUUGCUGAAAUUGAUGGCGCCCCAAGAAUGGGACCAACAUUCGGAGCUAUGAUGAUUUCAGGGCAAAAGGCAGCACAUUUGGUAUUGAAGGCAUUGGGACAACCUAAUGUCAUUGAUGGAAACUACACUGAUAUGGGAGGUAUUGUACCAGAGCUGAUCCUAGCUGCUGCUGAAUCAGCUGAGACUGCUGAAGCUUAAGAAAGUGAUUUUGAGAUUUGGUGAUGAUAAGAAAAAUAUCAUCUAAAUUGCAUAAAUAACAAAAGAACGGAACAUGUUGUAGGUUUAGAGAGAUCAAUCAAAUAGUCUGCUGUUCAUGGUUCUUUUUUUUUUUUUUUCUUUUUUCCUUUUUAUGUGAAGGAUGUUGUUUAUGUGGUUUGGGUUUGCUUGGUUUUCAAAGUUUCUUGUGCCGGUGUUAGUUUACUUCGCUAUCA